AUGGCAGCAGAAAAGUCCUCGUCUUCUGCACCUACUUUCAAGCUCAUAUCUCGUUCCCUCAUCGUCUGUAAAUAUGUUAUAAAUGAAGCCCAUCUGUUUCUCUCGACAUAUCGGCGUCCCCAUAGUUCUUUUUCACCAUUCAACGCCUCCUUCCUUCACCGGUCAUCUUCCUCAUCUCCCUUCUGUUGCCGCCGUCUAGAAGAUGCCAAUAACAGCCGCCGACCGCCUCUCCAUCGCAUCAGAUCUCCUGUCGACCACCUUCCUUCUCACGUUGCUCCCAUUGCUUGCUUCUUCCUAGACCACGCUCUUCCUUCUAUAAAAGACGCGGAUGUAAAAGCACAUGAGAGUGAAGACGAUGAUCAGGCAUGGAGGGCUGAAUUUGGAGCAAUAUAUCAAUACCAUCAUUAUUAACUUGUAUCAUUUUGUUCAAUUAUUAUUAUUAUUUUAUUUUUAUUUAUUUAUUUAUUUUGAAGAAAAUUCAUGCACAUUUUGCUUUGGAGCGCGGUAUACUUUUUACAUAUCUUCUGCCACAAAUUGAAUAUAAGUGAAAUGACAAUAUAAAGUAGUCAAAAAUGAAUUUUAAACGUUUUCAAAGAAAAUUGGAGGGUUAAUGGGUUAUCACAGGUUAAUCUUUAUAAACAUGAACUCAAAUACUUAAAAAGAGUUCUAUGAAUUUAUUUUAGUAGUCUACAAACUUAAAAAUAAAUAAAUAAAUAAAUAAUAAUAAUAAUAAUCUUCUUCUUAUAGACUGCAAACGUUUGGGCCACAUCCUUUUUUGCAAAUAUCUACAAAUAUGGUUUGCAAAUUGUAUAUUUUUUCACUCUUAAAAAACAAACACCUUCUUAAUGUGUCGAUGUGACUCUUUGGUUUAUCUCACUUCCCUUUUUUUUCUUUCCUUUUCUCUUUCUUUUUCUUUAUGUUUUCGAAUGUCUUAUUCAAGGUUGUCAAAAUCACGAUCUUAUUCGUAGGAUCCUAUUAUCCUAGGCAUGAAAAACGAUUUGAAUCAUAUUUAAGGUAAGAUCACAGAUAAGAUCGUAGGAUUGUAGGUAGGGAGCGUAGGAUCAGGAUUCGAUCCGAUCCGAUCCUACCUUCCCUUAAGUUUUUUUUUUUUUUGUUGAAAAUUAAAAAAU